AGGACCUGCAUUGUGUUGCGUUCGGCAGCUUAAAUCCCGCGUGUGCUUAUAGUUCUGCGUAAUAAACGGUGAAAGAAUCUAAAGUCAUGUCUGACAACGAAGUUCAGGAUGCCCCAAAGAAGCGUGGUCGCAAGCCUGCGGCACCCAAGGCGGAGAAGCCCGCCAAGAAACGCCCAGCAGAAGACUCUGAGGAGGAUAUCCACGAGGACUCUCCGGAAGCCGACGCGCCGAAGUCGAAACGUGGUCGUGGCCGACCAAAGGGAUCCACUGGUGGUGUUGCGAAGAAGCCAAAGGUUCCCGGACGUGGUCGUGGACGCCCAAAGAAGAAUGCGUCUUAAAAGCCAUUGAUGUCGCCAGAAGAAAGAACUGCACGAGGCUCCGGUGCGAAAAAUUUCUCUUAGCAUUCUGAUGAGCAAACGGAGCUCAGGUUCCCAUUGGUUACUACUGAUCUCGCCCAUGGUUUUUUGCUGCGAGUUCAUCUAAUCUCGUCCCUUCUGCCAAUGGGCAGGUUUCUCUCAGGACAACAGAACUCAGU